ACUGGGAGCAAUGUAUGAGCCUGUGGGGAACCAGUAUGUGGUCUCCAGACCUAUAUACUCAGAAAACAUUUUUUCUGCAGAGAACGAAAAAGUGAAACGACAUCACAAAACAUUUUUGGAUCAUCUACGUGUAUUUUUUGGGUGUUCCCGAGAGAAGGCCAAAAGAAUAGCUUACACAUUCUUCCCCAUUGCUUCAUGGCUGCCUAUGUACCGAAUUAAGGAAUGGAUUUUCAGUGAUAUUGUGUCUGGAGUCAGCACUGGACUGAUAGCAGUACUACAGGGUCUAGCAUUUGCCCUUCUAGUGAAUGUUACCCCAGACUAUGGACUGUAUGCCGCAUUUUUUCCAGUCAUCAUUUACUUCUUUUUUGGUACAUCUAAGCAUAUAUCAGUUGGUCCAUUUCCUGUGUUGAGUUUAAUGGUUGGCACAGUUGUGCUGCGUUUGGUUCCUGAUACUGGAGGUCCAGACAUUCUUCAGAAAAGAGUUGUUGUGGCAGCUUCUGUGACAGUACUUGCCGGAAUCUUCCAGUUGGCUCUAGGGCUCCUGCAAAUUGGUUUUAUAGUCAUCUAUUUGUCUGAUUCCCUGAUUAGUGGGUUUACAACUGCUGCUGCUAUUCACGUUUUAAUAUCACAGCUAAAGUUUAUAUUGGGAUUAAUUAUUCCUCCACAAAGUGGACCUUUGGCAUUGUUUUAUACCCUGAAAGAUAUCUUUACUACAAUUACAGCUACAAAUAUUGCCGAUCUUGUCACAUCCAUAAUUGUAAUGGUCGUAGUCUUUGUUGUAAAGGAAAUCAAUGACCGUUUUAAAGCCAAGAUACCUGUACCCAUACCUAUUGAAGUUAUAAUGACAGUGAUUGCAACUGGAGUAUCAUAUGGAUUUGAUUUCGCAGUGAAAUAUAAGGUGGAUGUUGUUGGAAAAUUAUCGAAGGGUUUUCAGGCUCCAAUUGCACCAAGUCUUUCAGUGUUUCAAGACUGCAUAGCGGAUGGUUUUUCCAUUGGAAUUGUUGGGUUUGCUGUAGCCUUUUCUGUGGCUAAAGUGUAUUCAAUCAAGCAUGACUAUGUGAUCAACGGUAACCAGGAACUGGUCGCAUUUGGAUUAAGCAACAUAUUUUGUGGCUGUUUCAGAGGGUUUGCCGCCAGUACUUCACUGUCAAGAUCAGCUGUCCAGGAGAGCACCGGGGGGAAAACUCAGGUGGCCGGCCUUUUAUCAGCUAUUAUGGUCAUGAUUGUUACUUUGGCUAUUGGAUUCCUCCUUGAACCAUUGCAAAAGUCAGUGCUUGCAGCCUUGGUCGUUAUAAAUCUGAAGGGAAUGUUGAUGCAGUUUAAUGAAAUACCUAAUUUGUUCCGGAAAGAUAAAUAUGAUUGUUUAAUAUGGGUGGUGUCCUUUAUUGCUGCUGUGUUACUUGGGCUUGACCUUGGACUGGCAGCAGGAGUAGGAUUUGAGCUGCUGACCGUGGUGUUCCGAGCACAGUUUCCAAAAUGCUCCCAGGUGGCAAGUGUUGGAGGAAAUGAUAUUUACAAGAACAGAAAAGACUAUAUAAAUAUUUAUGAGCAUCAAGGGAUCAAGGUUUUCAGAUGUCCAUCACCAAUAUUCUUUGCCAACAUUGAUUUUUUUAGAGACAAAAUUGUGGCGGCUGCAGGGUUUAGCCCAUUGAGGGUUCUACGCAAGCGCAACAAAGCUCUAAGAAAAAUAAAAAAGCUGUUGAGUAAAGGGGAACUUCAAGUCACACCAAAAGGUGUGAUUUGUACAUCAUAUAACCCCAAUGAGUCUGAUGAUGAAGAACUGGACAAUAACUGGAUUGAAGAAUUGGACAAACCAAUAAACAUGGCUGAUCUGCCCAUUGCCAUAGACUGGAAUGCAGAUCUUCCUAAUAAUAUCGUAGUUCCCAGAAUUGAUCUCCACAGUUUGAUCAUCGAUUUCGGAGCAGUGUCUUUCUUAGAUAUGUCUGGAAUGAAAGGCCUAAAAGCGAUUAUGAAAGAAUUUAUUAAAGUUGAAGUUGAUAUAUACAUUGCUGGAAUAGACAAUAAUGUUUUGGAUAAACUUGAAAGAUGUGGAUUCUUUGAUGAUGAUGUUACAACCUCAAUGAUUUUCCUGACCAUCCAUGAUGCUGUGUUACAUAUACUGGUAAAGAAGAAUAUGGAUAGUCUAGCUAAAUUAAAAGAAGCAAAGGAGGAAGUGAAAGAGACAAGGUUUGAUCGAAAUAUAAAUACAGAUUGGAGCACCCAGGACAACACAUAUGAGGAACUGAAAGAGACAAAGUUUGAUGAAAAUAUAAAUCCAAAUGGGAAAUCCCAGGGCAACACAUAUAUCAUUGCUGGGUCUCGGCUGUAACCACAUGAACCCAUACAACAAGUUAUAUGAAGAUAUGCUUCAAGUAUUUUCCAUUGGAUUUAUUUGUAAGAAUGAUGGAUACAAUACACUUUGCAUAUUAAUACU